AUGGCGUAUUUUAAUGAUAAAAAUAUUGUACAACUGAGUUGUGGUGCAUAUCACGCGCUGGCCCUCAAUGGUGAUGGCCGGGUGUAUGCCUGGGGCGCCGAUAUAACCGCUUGUGGUCAAUUUAAAUUUAAACCUAAAUACAUUUGUACACCAAUUGAGAUUAAAUUGGCUAAUAAUUACAAAAUACAAUGCAUUCACGCUUACGGCACCUCUUCGUUUGCCAUCACAUCCGACGGACAUGUCUUCAGUUGGGGUUAUAAUGGAUUGCAUCAAUUGGGACACCGUUUCCAUAUCGGCAACGAUAUUAUAGAUACGCCCCGAUUGGUCGACACCAUUGAUGGCGUGAAAGCAAUCACUUCCAUGGGUUACAGCACACAGUUUCACGCGACAAAUGGUAUAUAUGUACAAUUAAUAUCAACUGAAUUUAAAUUAAUUGAUACAAAAUAUGAUAAUUUUGUCGACUUUUACGCCAAUGAAUACCAAAUCACUUACAAUACAAUUGAUUUGAAACAAAUUAAUGAUAUGAAUAAAAUUGAAACUAUGUUAACAUCGGUUGACAUUAAAAGCGAAAAUAAAAGUGAAAAUAACAGCGAAAUUAAAAGUGAAAAUAAUAGCGAAAAGUCAAGAAAAAAGAAAAAGAAACGGAAAAAUAAAAAUAAAAUUGAAGAUAAAAAUGAUAAUAUAUGUGAGAACUCAAGUGAUAAUAAUUAUAACAACCAAUUCAUUGAGAUGUCAGCCAUAGGUUCGGGUGGUUUUGGGACUGUAUUUAAAGUAAAGCAUGGAUUAGAUGACAAAAUGUAUGCCGUUAAAAGACUCCAAUUUAAGGAUAUUAGUGAAGAAACAAAACAAAGUGUUGUCGAAGAAAUGAAUAGUUUAACAAAACUGGACUCAGAUUUUGUGGUCAAAUAUUACAACUCAUGGCUUGAGUCCAAUCAUCUCUUCAUUCAAAUGCAAUUCUAUUCCCAAAGUCUUCGAACUGUUCUCAAAGACAAACCCAUUGUCUUCGGGAGACAACCGGAAGACCAGAUGAAUGUCUUUGAAUACUUUACUUCGUGUGAAAUAUUCAAAGAACUCUUAGAAUGUGUUGAAUAUCUCCACGAAUCGGAUCCACCGGUCAUUCAUCGGAAUCUCAAACCGGAAAACAUAUUAAUUGAUCCCAACUUUACGUCCAAUCGUUGUGUAAAAGUGUGUGACUUUGGUUUAGUCACUGAUCACAACACCGACAGACAAAUAGUUAGUCCAUUUGUGCACUCAGUUUGUGGUACUUUUGGAUAUAUAGCGCCCGAAGUUCUUAUGGGUAAACAAUAUGACCACAAAUCAGACAUUUAUAGCCUCUCUAUAAUCGGCGAAGAGUUGUUUGGCAUUGAUCUCCAGGAUUGGAAAUUAAAUGAAGCAAAAAAGUUGUCGUUCAAGAAAUGCAUACAAAGCAUAUACGGGACACUUCUGGAUAUGAUGUCAACACCCUUUUGGAGACAAAGGCCUGAGUGUCGGGAAGUGUUGGCCAAAUAUAACGAGUGGUCUAUCGAUAAGACUUUUGUCACGAAACAAAACAAUUUCCAUGAAGUUUUAAAUACACUUAAAUCUAAUAAUAAUUCUGGUUUUUAUGAAAUUCUGUUUCGCAAAACACAAUAAUAUAUAAUUUAUCACUUUUUAUAAACAAUGACUUUUAUAAAUUUAAUUAACAUGAA